GACCAAGAUUUCGAAGAUCAGCGAAUGUCUGAGCGUGAUUCAAAAAUUAUACUCCGGUCCGGGCAAGCGAGACGAGAGCGCUCUGACAGAAUCUUCUCGCCAUCAUGAUAUGUAACCGAGUCUCGGGCUCACUCAGGCUACCCAUCCGCGUUUAGCCAGGAACUUGAAGGAACACCAUAGCAAGUCCCAGAAGGCGUUCGCGCUGCACUCGUGGAGUAAUGGAAGCUUUGCUGAACCAAUACAAGCCUGGACCUUACGGCACAUCUAAACUUGAUUGGCACCCAGAUUGUAUACCUUUGGUUGACAGCUGUUGGUAGGGGUUCGGCCUCGCAAUUGGAAAGAGUUUAUCAAGACCCUGGUUCAUCGAUAUCAUUACUCCUUGUUCUAAAAUUCCCUCAAAAUUUUCCCCAGCAUUUUGAAUCACGAAUCAAAAAUGGACCCUAAGACUGUGGUGAGUGCGUUCGCUCAGCGUGCAUCGAGAUCAUCAUGGCCUCCCAGGUGGUGUAUGAAUCGUCGGACGACGGUGAGUACUCAAAUGGCUGGGACGACUUCAAGAUGCAAGUAGAAGCUUUAGAAAUCUCGCAGUCUCCAACUCAACCAUUGGCAAAAGUCCUUGGAGAAAAACUUUCUAUAUCGCAGAAGAUAACGCUUCAAGCGCCUAGGGCGGAUAUGCGUUUACGAAGACGCGUGUCGCGUGAUGAGGAGAUGCGUGAGAUCGAUGAAGUAGCCCAAAGAUUGAUGGAGUCGGACAGUGAUUCCGGGUCGGCACCGUCGACCGAACAAUCUUCACUGUUCUCGAGUCGCACGACCUCGAUGUCAUCCGUUGGAUCCACGGGCCUGAAGCGUGCACCAGACUGCUUGCUGCCUCCUCCACCAGCGGUUAAACGCAAAGUCUCACCAUGCGCACCAGUUGUGAAUCUGCCACAAGGAAAAAAUCGAAAACGCAGGUCCCCCGAGUUCGGUGUUGAAUUAGAUGUCGCCCACAUUGCCCACUGCGAGGAGGCUCAGGUAGUCCUUGAUCGACAUGAACUCGCCUGGGGAACGAUUUUCGAACUAGCACGAGGUGUCACUCGUGGCAUGUGGACAUUCCAAGACAUGACGGAGCAUCGUCUACGAAAACUCAAAGGUUCAAAUGUUCAAUCUGCCUGGAAAGUCACUACCGUCAUGGCAGACAAAGAACCACCUGCGAUGGGAACGCCAUCAGAGCUUUGGCUCGAAUACGAUCGGGAGCAGCUCGCGAUUGUCGAAAACAAAGGUCGCGGUUUGGGAACUAUGGGACAAUGGGAGGGAAAAGACCAUUGGUACGGAGGGAAGAUACAGCAAGUUGCACGUGUCGUGAAAGCUGGAACGUCUUUCAAAUUCGAACUCGAGAAACCAGAGAUUCGGAGAUCGCAUCGCUUUGCUCGGUUCUUGGGGUCUCGGCGCAUCAUCCAAGUCCGCGUGCCAGAUAACCUUACGUAUGAUAAAGUCGGCUCGGCACUUCGGGAAUUCCUGAUAUCAAGCAAAUUUGUAUUGUGUGGCCGCGUCUUCGUACCCUUCCAUGCUAAGGAAGGGAGCAUGUACCUUAUGGAAACGAACCAGAACAUUGAUCGGAAAACGAACCUCGGCGACGGCGACAGUCACAGAUUGUCACUCUACCAGUUUGUGAAGUGGCACAAUCCUCUGGCGUUGAAUUCGAUGCAGCCCAUCAGCAAGUGGUCUACACGAUGGGCGCUUGGCCUAUCAACGUCGGUGCCAACAAUUGAAUUCUCUCCGGAAAAUAUAAUCUUCAUUGCUGACCAACAUGCUGUGGACUGUGGCAAGGGAAAGCCCCCAGCUGAAAAAAUCAUGACCGAUGGGUGUGGUUACAUCAACGGUUCGGCCUUGACGGCCAUCAUGCGAGUAAUGAAGUAUUCGAGUAGACCGACCGCCGUGCAAGGACGUAUUGCUGGUGCCAAGGGAAUGUGGGUUCUGCACCCAGAUCCCGUGCACCAGAUCACCGAUGGACCGCCGAAAAUUUGGAUACGUGACUCACAGAAUAAGAUCAAUCUUGGCUCGCUACACAACGUCGAUAGCGCACAUAGGAUUUUCGACCUCCUUGCGCCAUCUCGGGUAACCGGGCCAAGCCGUUUGUCGAGCCAGACACUCGUCAACUUGGCACAUGGUCGUGUUUCCCUUUCUGUUUUAAAGGAGCUCAUGGCAGAUGGGCUUCACGAGGAGGUCCGUCAGCUGACAGAAUGGAGCGGACCGGACAGCAUGCUUAUGGUCUGGCGAGCUGUGGAGCAAGCCGGCCGUGUUGUAACAUCGAGGCUGCGGCGGCGCAUUGCUGGCCAGGCACGAGCACUUGGUCUUGGCCAACUCCGACCCAACGAGGAGCCUGCUGCCGGGAUUGAUGAUUGUGACGAUGUUGCAGUGAACCCAUCGCUGCAUGACUCGGCUAAUCGGGGACGCAAUCCUUACAGCGGUGAACCGCUGACUCUACACGAGACGGUCCUUGAACUACUGCAGGCCGGUUUUCAUCCUCUUAAGCUUGACCAACUUUUUUCCAAACUUGAGUACGUGGUGACCCAAGUCCUCGACGAGUACAUCGAGAAAUUCCACAUCCCGGUCAAGGAGUCUUUGGAAGCAUAUAUCAUACCGGAUCCAUAUGGGGUCCUUGAGGAGGGGCAGAUAUAUUUUCGCUCUUCAGAACUCAUCACCGACCCCGAAAGCGGAACCCAGAUGGAUAUCGUGACCGGUUCUGUUCUGGUAUGGAGGAAUCCCACAAGACUGCCCUCUGAUAUCCAGAAGGUCACUGCCGUCAGCCACCCAAAAUUGGCUAAUUACUUCGAUGUCAUUGUGUUCCCUGUGAAGGGGGAGCGCUCAUUGGCAAGCUACUUGGGUGGAGGAGAUACGGUCACAUUGGUCUGGUCCAAACGUCUUGUUGAAAGUUUCAAUACCGCUCCGCUGUGUACGGCGCCCGCAAGUUUGAGUGACGACUUUGAGCGAGAAGUUGAACACGUUGAGGAUUUUGACCUACGAGUAUCCAAACUCACUGCAAAGGAGGCUCAAAUCGCGUUCCAGAAGGUCCUUCUUCUUGGACUCGCGGAAACAAAAAUCGGAUUAUAUUCGAAGUUCCAUGAUCUCGCUGUGUUUACCACCUGCCUCGAUGCGAGCAAGACGGGGCUGCGGGUUAAACCCCACGUCUUCGAGGCAGAUCGCAAGUCUUGUGGUAAACGCAAGCCCUACUAUAUGGCCGCUCUUGAACAGAACAUCGAGGGCUCGACUCCGUACAUCCUGGAUGCCCUUGUUGAUGAGGGCCGUCGCCUCCGUGACGAUUUCCUCAAACAUUAUUCCGUCCUCCGGAGUUCUUCCACUAAUACGGCAGACCGCGACCUCGCUUCACCUUACCUUUCUACGUCUCGUAGGGCAACACAAGCUUCGCACAAAGGUUUUCAAAUUCUGCAAGACAACUUAAAUGAUGUCAAAGUUCAUGUCCAGAGAGUACAUGGAGAGUGGCAAGUCGCUGUUGCUCUCCAGAAGAAGGCUUCAGAAGGGAAGGGGUCUUCGGAUCCCAGGACACGAGCGAUCCAAAAGACAGCUCAACACUUUGCGCGGCGACCAGAGGUUUUAUUUUUUUCCGACGAGGAACUCAAAAUCAUCAUGGCAUCCUAUGCAUACAAUCUAAGUGUCGCCUUCGCAGAUCUCUGCGCCAUCAAGGCACGAGUUCAAAGUGGUGUGCUUUUUGCAGAUAGAUUUGCAGAGGUGAUGUGUAUACCUAACAAUGUCUUACGAGCUCUUUCACAAGCACAGGAUGACGCGGAUGAUUGA